ACGAGACCCCGGGAGUUGUAGUUUCCCAAGGAUCCCAUAGCAGAGAGUGCUGGUACUUUACAAAACURCRGAUCACGAAAUGAUAUGGUUUAAUUAAUUUCCCCCUCGUGUCAUCGUCUUCCUUCCUAAGCCAUGGAUUUCGAAGCGCUUCCCAAGAUCGGAGAUGCCGAAAAGGAAAGCGAGAUGGGAUUCGUCCACGGAGUCUCUGGACCUGUGGUGAUUGCCUGCAAGAUGUCGGGCGCUGCCAUGUACGAGCUGGUGCGCGUGGGCCACUUUGAGCUGGUGGGCGAGAUCAUCCGCCUGGAGGGAGACCUGGCCACCAUCCAGGUCUACGAGGAGACCUCGGGGGUUUGCGUGGGGGACCCGGUCCUGCGUACGGGGAAGCCCCUCUCGGUGGAGCUGGGCCCCGGGAUCAUGGGCUCCAUCUUUGACGGGAUCCAGCGGCCGCUGAAGGACAUCACGGAACUGACCAAGAGCAUCUACAUCCCGCGCGGCAUCAACAUCCCCGCCUUGUCCAGGGAGGCCAAGUGGGAGUUCACCCCCAGCCCCAACAUCCAGGUUGGGAGCCACUUAACUGGCGGGGAUGUUUACGGUGUGGUUCGCGAAAACUCGCUCAUCAAACAUAAGAUCAUGGUGCCGCCACGGUCCAAGGGCACCGUCACCCAUAUCGUGCCCACCGGGAGUUACGAUGCUUCGGACGUGGUUCUGGAGCUGGACUUUGAGGGAGUGAAGGAGAAGCUGACCAUGGUCCAAGUCUGGCCCGUCCGGCAGAUCCGCCCCGUCUCCGAAAAGCUGCCCGCCAACAACCCCCUCCUCACCGGGCAGAGGGUCCUGGACGCCCUUUUCCCAUGCGUCCAGGGGGGCACCACAGCCAUCCCGGGGGCCUUCGGUUGUGGCAAGACGGUCAUCUCCCAGUCGCUCUCCAAAUACUCCAACAGCGACGUCAUCAUCUACGUGGGGUGUGGCGAGCGGGGCAACGAGAUGUCCGAGGUGCUGCGGGACUUCCCCGAGCUCACCAUGGAAGUGGAUGGCAAGACGGAGACCAUCAUGAAGCGUACCUCCUUGGUUGCCAACACAUCCAACAUGCCGGUGGCGGCGAGAGAGGCCUCCAUUUAUACAGGAAUCACUUUGUCGGAAUACUUCCGUGACAUGGGCUACCACGUCAGCAUGAUGGCCGACUCCACUUCCCGCUGGGCCGAGGCCCUCCGGGAAAUCUCGGGACGCCUGGCGGAGAUGCCCGCGGAUAGCGGCUACCCAGCCUAUUUGGGUGCCCGCUUGGCUUCCUUCUACGAACGCGCCGGACGCGUCAAGUGCCUGGGCAGCCCGGAGCGGGAAGGGAGCGUCAGCAUCGUCGGGGCGGUGUCCCCUCCGGGAGGAGACUUUUCAGACCCGGUUACUUCGGCGACAUUGGGAAUCGUCCAGGUCUUUUGGGGUCUGGACAAGAAGCUGGCCCAGCGGAAGCACUUCCCGUCCGUCAACUGGCUGAUCAGCUACAGCAAAUACAUGCGGGCUUUGGACGAGCACUAUGAGCGGCACUACCCCGAAUUCGUCUCCCUCCGGACCAAGGCCAAGGAGAUCCUCCAGGAGGAGGAGGACCUGGCCGAGAUUGUCCAGCUGGUCGGAAAGGCCUCACUUGCCGAGACGGACAAAAUCACUCUCGAAGUGGCCAAACUCAUCAAAGAUGACUUCUUGCAGCAAAAUGGCUACUCCUCCUAUGACCGGUUCUGCCCGUUCUACAAGACAGUGGGGAUGCUCCAGAACAUGAUCUCCUUCUACGAAUUGGCCCGCCACGCUGUGGAGUCCACCGCCCAAUCAGAGCACAAGAUCACCUGGUCCAUCAUCCGGGAGAACCUGGCCAACAUCAUGUACAAGCUGAGCGCCAUGAAGUUCCAGGAUCCGACGAAGGACGGUGAGGCCAAGAUCAAAGCUCAUUAUGCCCAGCUAAACGAGGAAAUGCAGAAUGCCUUCCGCAAUUUGGAGGAUUGAGGUUGGACUCCUCAACCGAACUGACUUCUUUAGGACUCUCAUCUCGUUUUUGUUCCAAAGUCAACUAUUGGCUUCUUCUCUCACAACAUUCCCCACUGUAUUUCCUAAAUAAAUUUA